AUGGAAUCUCAACGAGUCAAUGACGAACUUCUCAAACUCAUCUUAACGAAGCUGCAACGCCUCGAGAGACACUUCACAGAUAUUGACAGUCGUCUCAGCGUUAUCGAGUUUUCCAUUGUACCUCCUCCCGAGAGCCUUGCCCCGGAUGUUGCCUCCAGCAGCGCCGCCUCUCGACGUUGCUCUUGUCAAAUCCCCCAACCAGUCUUCCAAAGCUUCCACGUUGACUGGGAACGACAUGCCACGGCUUCAGCUUACAAAGCCUCUGUUGACAAGCUGCGCAACCAGUUCGAGUUCGACGACCAAUCACUGUUUCCUUCUCAAGACAUAGGGGUGGCCAGCACCUGCGAUGUCAGGAGCGAAACGGGGGACGUGUUCGUCAACAACUACGACAACUACUCUAUUUCCGUCUACCCGUCGCGUCCAGUCUCCAACUUUGGCUUCCACAUCAACGACAUGAGGCCAACUCUCAACAGUUCUGAACUGCCGUCCCUACGAUACGAGGACAUGCCUGUCGCCGAGGAAACUCUGACGUCCGUGUCCACCAGCAGCCGCAGACACAGCGUUGGGUUUCCGAUACGAACGCGUUCUUCGAGGAGAAGAUCUGCCAGUAUUGCCAGAACGUCUCGGGUGUCUUCAGCCCCCGAGGUUCCGCCGAUUCCUGCUUCAUUCAGCAAGUUGAGGGGUUCCGUCAGACGCGCGAGAUCGCUUAGUGUGCCGAGACGCAAGACACCUCCCGCCGACAGAGACGUUGCUGUGGCAAACGAAAAGGAGAACGCCAUGUUGAAAUCAGGGCAGACUCAACCCGCCGUUAUACAAGAACAAGACACGGAGCGUUUUGUCCAGUUCAUGCAGAAGGGGGCGAAGGCUUGCAUUUUCUUCGUGCCAAACAUGGUUUCCGGGCUUGGGAAAAAGAUGAUGAAUCAACAGCUCAGAAUGCUUGACGUCGGGGCUUGA